CCGCAGAUGAUUGGCUCAGAAGCCUUCACUUUCUGCAACUCGGACCGAUUUGAGUUUCGUCGCUCUAAGCUUCGCCGUGAAUCAACGACCGGAGCUUCGUCGCUCCCAACCUCGCUAAGAACAGCGAAGUUGAAAAUUCAUGUAAGAAAGGGGGGAAAAGGAGAAGUUGAAAGAGUAGUAAACCGCUUUCCAUGGAGAAUGCACUUCUUCCCUGCAAAGCCGCGCCAAAAAACCCUGAAAUCCCGCAUAGACCACCGCAAAAGCUGAGAACUCCCCCCAGCAAAACAGUGCCCUGUGUCACAGAUUCCCAGUUGCACCAUCUCUGCAUAAACGGACGCCUCAGGGAAGCCAUAACUGCUCUGGACACCAUAGCCCAAUGCGGCUCCAAGGUAAAGCCAGGAACUCUUUCGCGCUUAAUCGACGCUUGCGUUGAUUCACACUCAAUACAUUUGGGCCGUAAACUGCACAGCUGCAUGGAAUACGUACUUGAAUCUGCAAUCCCGUUUAUAGAAACAAAAUUGAUCGGCAUGUACGCUAAAUGCGGCUCCAUAACAGAUGCAUAUAAGGUGUUCGACGGAAUGCGUAGCAGAGACCUGUUCACAUGGUCCGCGAUGAUCGGUGCGUGUUUUAGAGAAAGCAGGUGGAUUGAAGUUGUAGAGCUUUUUUAUUCAAUGAUGCGGGAUGGUGUUGUCCCCGACAGUUUUCUGUUUCCCAAGAUUUUAAAAGCCUGUGGGAAGUGUGGGGAUGUUGAGACUGGGAGGUUGAUACACUCUAUAGUGCUUCGGCUAGGAAUGGAUAUGGAAAUUCGUGUGAGUAAUUCGAUUCUUGCAGUUUAUGCCAAACAUGGGUGGUUAGAUUCGGCGAAGAGACUUUUUGAUUACAUGGAGGUUAGAGAUAUAGUUUCUUGGAAUUCCAUAAUGUUGGGGUAUUGUGAGAGAGGUGAGAUUGGGGAGGUGCAGAGGUUAUUUGGAUUAAUGCAGAAAGAAGGGUUUGAACCUACGGUGAUUACUUGGAACAUUUUGAUGUCUAGCUAUAAUCAGUUGGGGAUGUGUGAUGCUGCGAUGGAGAUGAUGAGAGAGAUGGAGAGUUACGGGACGAUUCCAGAUGUCUUCAGUUGGUCCUGUAUGAUAUCCGGGUUGGCUCAAAACAAUAGGAGCAACGAGGCAUCGGAAUUGUUCCAAGAGAUGGUUCUUAGUGGGAUUGAACCCAAUGAGGUAUCACUUGUGAUUGCUAUAUCAGCAUGUGCUUCUCUUAAAAGUAUAAAGAAGGGGAAAGAGCUGCACUCAAUUGCUGUGAAGCUGGGAUUCGAUGAAAAUGUUGUAGUGGGCAAUUCCCUUAUUAAUAUGUACUCUAAGUGUGGUGAACUUGAGGUUGCUCGAAAGGUCUUUGAUAUGAUUACAGAGAAGGAUGUGUGGAGCUGGAAUUCGAUGAUUGGAGGAUACUGCCAAGCUGGAUACUCUGGCAAAGCCUAUGAUCUCUUUGUGAGAAUGCAGGACUCUGGUGUACCACCAAAUGUUAUCACGUGGAAUGUGAUGAUUAAUGGAUACAUGCAAAGUGGAGAUGAGGAUCAGGCCUUGGAUCUUUUCUUGGCAAUGGAAAAGGAUGGGAGUAUUCAACGGGACAUUGCAUCAUGGAAUGGUCUUAUUACUGGUUAUGUGCAAAAUGGGAAGAUAGACAAAGCAUUGGGUAUAUUUCGGAAAAUGCUUCUCUCUCGUGUUAAACCCAAUCCAAUUACCGUGCUGAGUCUUCUACCAGCAUGUGCAAACAUAAUUGCAGCCAAAAAGGUGAAAGAGAUCCAUUGUUUUGCAUUGCGGAACUUUUUCACUUCUCACUUGUCCAUUUCUAAUGCUCUAAUAGACGCUUACUCAAAGUGUGCGAGCAUAAACUUUGCAAAAGCAAUAUUUAAUGGGAUGCAAGCCAAAGACAUCAUCUCCUGGAAUACUAUGAUUGCUGGUUAUGUUUUGCAUGGAUGUUCAAAAGAUGCUAUUGAGCUUUUUGACCAAAUGAGACAAAAAGGAUUUAAACCAGAUAGGAUUACUUUUGCAAGUUUGCUUUCAUCUUAUGGUCUUGCGAAAAUGGUUGAUGAGGGGAAGCAUAUCUUCUCUAACAUGAUAGGAGAGUAUGAAAUUAAUCCUGGCUUACACCAUUCGGUGGCUAUGAUAAAUUUAUUUGGUCGUUCAGGUAUGCUUGAAGAAGCAAUGGAGUUCAUUGAAAGUAUGGCCAUAAAGCCUGAUGUUUCUAUUUGGGAUGCCUUACUUACUGCUUCUCGAAUUCAUGGUAAUGUAAGAUUAGCAAUCCAUGCUGUGGAACAUCUGCUAGAACUGGAUCCCGGAAAUGUUGUGAUUCAUCAUUUGGGUUUACAGUUGUAUGCAUUAUGUGGUGUUUCUGAGGAUGCACUAAACCGGAAGUGGCAUGUGAAGGGAAGUUUGGCUGAAGCAUCACUUGGUUGGAGCUGCACUAUAGACAAAGACACAGUUCAUACUUUUGUUACGUGUCACAAAAGUCAACUAGAAACUGAGAUUCUACAAUGUUUAACAAAAAAUAAUGCAUGGAAAACCACACGGUCAUAUCCUUGUAAAGGAGUUUGCAUCAUGGAGGAAGAGAAAGAAGAUACAGGUUGGGUUCAUAGUGAAAAACUUGCACUUGCCUAUAACCUUAUUAACUCUCCUCAAUCAUCUGACGCUAUUAGAAUUGUCAAGAACCUGAGAAUUUGUGGUGAUUGCCAUAGCAUGGCAAAGUUUAUCUCCAAGACACAUGGGCGUGAAAUAUACUUAGAUGACUCAAAGUGCUUGCACCAUAUUAAGGAUGGGUAUUGUUCCUGUAGAGAUUAUUGGUAUAUUAGGAAGUCCUCUAUUUGGUCUAACAAUUUGUCUGCUUACAUAUCCCUCUCAUCUGCUUCUCCAAAUAUUGUCUUUCAGGGGGUUCAGAAAAUGAAUUUUGGGGAUUAUGGCAAACAGAUCACCUCAGUUGGGCCAUGGGGAGGUCAAGGUGGAUCUCACUGGCAUGAUGGAGCGUAUUCCACCAUACGCCAAUUGGAGAUAGCUCAUGGAGCAGGCAUUGACUCCAUCACAAUAGAAUACGAUAAAAAUGGAUCCUCAGUUUGGUCAGACAAGCAUGGUGGUAAUGGAGGUGCUCAAAUUGAUCAGGUUAGACUUGAUUAUCCAGAUGAGUUUCUGACCUCUCUUCAUGGAUAUUAUGGUAGCCUGCAAGAAUGGGGGCUUGCCAUCGUGCGAUCACUUACAUUUGAGAGCAAUAAAAGAGUAUAUGGACCUUUUGGCGUGAAAGAGGGGACCUAUUUUUCUGUGCCCAUCACUUCUGGAGGAAAAAUCGUUGGUUUCCAUGGGAAAAGUGGCUGGUUUCUUGAUUCCAUUGGAGCUUUUGUAGAGCCAAUUCAAAAGCCUUUGUCAGCAAAAGCCAUUGUCCAUUCUCAACAGUCCUUAAUUCAGGGAAGUGAGAAAUACGAGUACUCAAUGAUUCAGGGGAAUCUCGGUAACAACCAUGAAUUCAUUUUUGCUGUGAGGCAGAAGGAAGAUUACAACUCCACUGAGUCCUAUUCUAUGUCGAGGCAAAGUUCUAAAUCCUCAAAUUUCAGUUACGCAGAACCAGAGAACAAGGUUCCCGUUGCUCUCCUUGGACCAGUUGAAAGGGUCCCUUCAAAGACAUUUAAAAGUGUCGUUACAUAUGGACCCUGGGGUGGUAGUAGUGGCAGUGUUUUCGACGAUGGAGUCUAUGAUGGUGUUCGGCAAAUUCAGGUAUCACGUAAUGUGGGGAUCGUGUCAAUCCGAGUUUGCUAUGAGCAAAAUGGACUACCUAUCUGGGGUAGCAAAAAUGGUGGCACUGGAUCUUUUAAAACUGACAGGAUCAUUUUUGAUUAUCCAUCAGAGAUCUUAACUCAUAUAACUGGUUAUUUUGGACCUUUAAUGUACAUGGGGCCUAAUGUUAUAAGAUCUCUCAUGUUCCAUACUACAAAGGGAGUAUACGGUCCCUUUGGAGAACAAGUAGGAGAAAAGUUCACUACAAGGUUGAAACAAGGAAUGAUCGUUGGCUUUCACGGGAGGAAGGGAUUAUUUCUCGAUGCAAUUGGUGUACAUGUGCUUGAAGGGAAAGUAUUCACACCACCACCCACUUCCCCAGCAUCCACCGCCAUUAUUAACCUCAAUGAAGUAUCAACUCCCGAGGCUGAAACUCCUAAGUGGUCUUUUAAACUAGGAAACCGAGGAUUUGCCCAAGAGGUGGCACAACGGGUUGUGAAAGACCCCGCCCCAUACGGACCAGGUCCAUGGGGUGGGGAUAGUGGGAAACCAUGGGAUGAUGGAGUGUUCACUGGGAUUAAACAGGCUAUCUUGACAAGAUCCGAAGAGGCAGUCUGCUGUAUUGAAAUCGAGUAUGAUCGAUAUGGGCAAUCUGUUUGGUCAGUGAAGCAUGGUGGCGGUAAUGGUGGAGAAAUAAUUAACGCGGUGAAACUGGAGUAUCCUAAUGAAGUGCUAACUUGCAUAAGUGGGUACUAUGGACCUAUCAGCCAUGGCAUGAAUGUGAUCAAAUCUUUAACAUUCCACACAACCAGAAGGAAGAUUGGGCCCUUUGGUAAGGAAAUGGGAACAUAUUUUACAUCAAACACGACAGAAGGAAAGGUUGUCGGCUUCCAUGGGAGGAGUGGAAUUUACCUGGAUGCCAUUGGAGUCCAUAUGCAACACUGGCUGGGAAAUCACAGAACUUCCAAGGGGUUCUCUCUUAAGAAACUCUUGCAUUAAUUAUUUUUUAUUUCUUCAAAUUCAUAAAAUUAUAAAUAAGUGCAUUGUUGACUGAUAAUUUGAUAUAUACUGAGAACCCUUGGGAAAUAAAAUUGAGAUUUUUAUACA